AUGGAUCGAAUCUUACGACCGUAUGGGUAUGCAAUUAUUCGUGAAUCCAUUUAUUUUACGGAUGCUAUCACAACCAUUGCUAAGGGUAUGCGUUGGGAAUGUCAUAAAGAAGAUACUGAGAAUGGCAGUGACAUUCAGAAGAUAUUAGUUGGCGACAUGCUAGUUCGGAGCUGCGUGGCAAUUUUCCUUGCUCCACCCCGUUAG